UAGUAUAUUCUGUGGCAGUGAAUCCAUGUCGCAAAGCAAAUGAUUAGUGAUUGAUUAUGAUAUUUUUAGGAAUACGUUUGUUUAUGUAGAGUUUGAAAUUCAUGAGAAAUAUUCAUAUUACAAUAAUAUAUAACAAAUCAUUUCCUACUGGAAAAAAUGGAAUUGCACAGUGGAGUUUGUGGGAUUUGCAAAUGUAAAAAUUUAAUUUUGGAUUCUAAAAAUUCAGAGAAAUAUUGUAAUCUAAUAUGUAGCCUCUUUCAGUCUGAUUUAAAUAUUGCUGAAGAAAUAGAAUUGAAUUUCAAUCUCUGCCCAGUAUGUGUUUAUCAGAUCACAUUGAUAAGUUCAAAAAGAGAAGUCUUUUCUAAUCAGAAUGCAAAUGAUGAGUUGGAAACAAGAGAUGUGUGUAAAAUGUGUGGGGAAAAAAAUGAAGUACUCACUAUUAAUGAUACAAUUUUUUUGACCAAGUGUAAACCAUGGUUGACCAAGGAGGAUGAAGUUGGACUGUGUGUCAGUUGUUAUUAUGUUAUUGAAAUCAGAAAUCACUUGAAGGACAAUUUAAUACAUAAAUUGUCUGAAUGGGACCUAGAUGGUAAUUCGAAAUCUUCUCCCAAUCAAAAAAGACUAAUAUCACGUAGAAAGUCUUCCUGUGAAACAAGAAAGAGUAUUCAUAAAGAAUUAGAAGAAGUAGAUUCAGAAUUGACUCUUGAAAGGAAAAAGGAACAUAAUUCAGUCAACAUAAAUGAUUCUAGUAAAUCUGACAAUUUUGGUGUUAAUUCACAACCAAUACAAAAACCAAAAACAAGAAGCAGGAAUGUUGAAGAAUUUCCAGACUCUGACUGUUCAUUCCAAAUAGAUUGUAAGGAAAAAAAAGAAUCAGAAGUUUAUAAACAAAAACAAUUAACUGGUUUUAACUUGACAAAUAUAAAUAAUUUCUCUCCACUGUGCAAUUCUGGUAUUCAAACUAAUGAGGAAAUUCAACAAGAUAAAAAACUUUUCAACUAUGUUCCAUUUGUGAAGAUGAAAGAGUUAAAAGAUGCUUAUGUGGAGAAAGAUGAGUGUAGUUAUGUUUGUAGUUUGAUAUCUCAAAGACCAAUAAUAAAAGUUACACGAACUCCACCAAUCAAAAUCAAGUCAUUGAAAAAUAUAAGUUCAUUACAUAAUAAAAAGAAAAAGGAAGAAAAUAAAUUGAAAGUGAUUAAAUCAAUUUCUAGUUCUUCCCCUCCGGUAGAAAUCUCAAAACAACUUGUAGUUGUGGUGAAAAGAAUAAAAUUACCUUUGACAGGAAUAUCAUCUCCAGAAUCAAAUAUUUCAGUUGUUGCAAAAAAAUCUGAGAGUGACAUAUCUCAAAUGACUGUAACCCCCAAGAAAAAGAAACGUGUUCAUUUUAAUGAUACUCCUACAAUUAUUAUUACUGAUGAUGAUUUGGGUGAUAAUUUUGAACACGGAAAUAAAUACGAUGAAAAUAAAAGAAAAAGAAAUACUCGAAAAAUGUCAGAACAAUCAAAAGUAGAUGUAAUUGAUAUAAUUGAAUCUGAAAAAUCAGAAAAUGAUGAACUUAUAUCAUUGUCUCUUGAAUCUGGAAGUGAAGAUGAAUCAAUUCAUGAAGUAAAUAAUGGGUCAUUUAAAAAUAUUGAAGAAAAAAAUCAUGAAGAGGAAUCAGAAGAAAAUGGCGAGAAAAAUGCUGAAAAUUCUUCCUCUGAAAUGAUAGAUAGUGAUACCGAUAUGGAAAAUGAAAAAACUGGAAAUAAUGUUGAAGAACAAUAUGAUGAGAAAUUAGAAGAAAAUGAUGAGGCCAAUGACAAAAUAAAUAAGAAUUCUGCAAUAGAAGAUCAUCCAGAAACAGAAUAUGAGGAAAAUGAAGAAUUGCAAAAAUCUGAAGAUUAUACCAAUGAAGUAAAAGACAUUUCAGAUGAAGAGAAAGAAGUGGAAAUUAAUGAUUGUAUUGAAAGCAAUGAAGAAGAAUUAGAAGAUGAAAAAAGCAGUUUAGAUGGUUUCCAACUAGUAGAUGUGGAUGAUGAACCUGAUAAUGGUGUAGAUAAUACAUCAUUGGAAAACAAUGAUUCAAGUGGAACAAUUAAUGUUAAUAAAGAAUCAAUAACUGGAUACAAUGAAGAGUUGACAGAAAUUGUAGAAAAUCAUAAUAAUGAAACUGAAGAGCCUGAUAAUUCUCCAACUGUUGAUGAAUCAGAAUCAAAUGUUGAGAAAAGCUCUUCAGACAAAUUAGCAGAAGAAAAAUCUGUGGAUAAUGACGAUAUUGAAUUAUUACUGAAAAAAUACAGCCCAGAAGGUUCUAGUCAAGAAUCAGCAAAAGAUCAAGCAACAGAAAACACAUCUGAUGAAGUUAAUGAAGUUGAUAAAGGAAUAGAAGAUGAGAAUGUCAAAAUUAAUGAAGUUGAUAAAGGAAUAGAUGAUGAGGAGGACCUAGAAAAAUCAAGCAGCAAGAGUAGUAACCAAAUGAAAGAUGCACCUGCACAAGCAGAUGAAGAUUUUGGUUCACUGAUAGACGAAGUACAAAAAUGCCUUCUCACAUCUACAAAAGAUAUACCCAGUUCAUCUGAAGGAGAUCAACAUGUUCCGCUUUCAGAUGAUUUAUGCAAUUUAACAGAACCAAACAACUCAGAUAUUCUCGACCUCUUGAACAAAUCAUUUGAUGAAGAUCGUACAGCUAUUACAACCAACUCGCCCCAAACAGAAAAUAUGAACGGUAAUAAAAGCCUUAAAAGAAAACAUUCAGAUGAUACAUUAGAAGAAUUAGAGCAAAAAAAGGGAAAGAUUGAUAUUUAAUGAAAUAUGGUUUUCCCGAUCAUUUUAUAAGUUUUUCUUUUUACAGUUUUGAAAUAUUUAUAUUUGUUUAUAUGUUUGAAAACAUAAAAUUCUUAUGUAAAAAUUAGUUAUUAUUAUGAAAUAUUGUAAGUAUUAAACUCUUUAAGCAAUA